AUGCCCCUUCAUACGCACACCUGCUCGUUAGACGGCAGUUUACAGUAAAUAAAGCCUUGACCAUACCUGCAUAUUAUGAAUCACAGUUUUGAAAAUGUUACCUAAACUUCUGUUGAUUACGAUCGUUAUUACGGUUCUUUUGAACUAUGGAGAGGCCAUUAUGUGCCACCGUUGCAACAGCGCCAUGGGAGGUUGUGGUGCUGAUGGUGUGGUGUGGAGAAUGUUUCCAUGGAGAGAUUGUGGCGAUUCUAAGUUCUGCGUCAAAGUAAUCACUAAACAGGAUGGUGAGGAAAAGAUCUUACGUGAAUGUGAAUCAGAAUUGAUGAAGACUGCGUUCCAUCGUCUCAAGAUGCCUGUUCUCCGACGCCAUGGUUACUGCAGGCCAGCUCGCAAGAAUGACUUUUGGAAUCCGCUACAGACCACCGAUGAAUCAAUCCAAUACUGCUUCUGUAAUGACUGGAAUGGGUGCAACUCUGCCUCCAGACUGUUCAGCACAUUAGUGCCAGUGACCUCCCUUGGACUAUCUGUUAUGCUCCUUUUGAAAAACAUGCUCUGAGUUUACCAAUGAGGGUAUUUGUGGACAAAACUCAAAAAGCACAUUCCAACAUCACAGAUUUUUUCCCCCAUUUAUUGUAUGUUGAAAACAUGUAUUAGGAUCGUUGCAUUUGAAUAAGUUAAUAUGAUAUAUUUAUACAUUGUAUGAAACCCUUCUUUAAUUUCAUAUUCCACAAUAAUUCAGGAAAUUAAAGUUAUUUAGCCGCAAAAUUGACUUAAUUUUGAAUGUCUUUUUAUUUCCAUGAGAUUAAAUGAUUAAAUAAAUUAUAAAUAGCAUAGUUAUUGACAUCUUACACACGUUAUUGAUGCUUUUGAGUUUCUAACGAUACUUUAGAUUUGAGUCUUAUGGUAAAUAAUGUUUAUGUCGAAUAGUAACUAUGGUCUGUAUUUAAAGGUUACUAAGAUUUGAUUAAAAGCGUAACUUAGGCUUGAAUCUAAUGGUAGCGGCAUCUAUGUUUUGAGUCUAACAGUAACUAAAGUUUGAGCAUGGGAUUAAGAGUAUUCUCUUAAAACGUGCUGUUAUUGUUCUUGAUAAUAUAUACAAUGAUAUUUAUAAACAAUUUUCACCCAAACAUUAAAGAGGAAAAACAGUAGUGCACUUCAAUAUAUAACUAUGGUUUUUCUUAUGAUAUGACCUAUAUAUUUUGAUAAAUGAUAAUUCUUUCUGUAUGCUUUUUUCUUUUAUAUAUUGUAUAGUAUCGGGUAGAUACUGUUGUUUAUAUAUAUUUAAAAACUGACUGUUAAUGUACAAUCUGCUUAAAUGAUGCAAAAAGCGACAUCUUGCAAAUACUGUGACUGAAUAGUAAUGUUAAGCUGCAGCAGAAGUUUUCAUAUCUAUCUUUUAAAAGGUGUGGACUGGAAGCAGCAAAUGAUUAUACCUUAUCUUAAAUUAUGUAAUUGAUAUUUUUUAAUCAUCUCAAGUUAUAGAAUUAAGAAAAGUGUGCUCUUUCGAAAUAUGUCAUUUAUCAGCUUUCCACUGAUUACGUUAGACUCCUGGGUCAAUUUUUACAAGAUUUGAUGAAACUUUGUUAUUGUCACAAACUGCACAAGUGACAAGAGAAAACAAUAAAAUUAAUUCCUCAAUUUCGAUUUUCAAGUUUUACAGAACCUACUUUGUAUGUGACAGUGUGUACAGUCAUUGUGAAUACCUUUUAUACAUAUCAUUAUAUUGUUGUUUCUACUGAUUUUUAUUUCAUGUGUAUAUUACUAAUAUUUGUCCAUGUCACAUCCAAUAUAUGCAAUAUAUUUUAUGUACAAAUCAAUAGUCUGCAAAUAAACAUUUUAUACUUUAUAAA